GCGAGUAAGAUGGAAGAUGAGGGGGUCGCUGAGAGGUGGGAGAAGGCGACAGACAGCGGGGAAAUCGACAGAUGGUUGGACAAAAGACUGAAGAUCACACAAAAGGGGAGGAAAUCCAGAUCUCCUCCCAAAGUGCCCAUUGUGAUUCAGCACGAUAGCCUUCCCACGGGGCCCCCUCCACCGAUUCGCAUCCUCAAGAGGCCCACCAGCAACGGUGUGGUCAGAAGCCCCACCUCCACCAGCAGGCCAGCCCUUUUCGUCAAGUCCCUAGCACAGCGGGAGGCAGAGUACGCGGAGGCCCCGAAGCGGAUCCCAGGCAGCGCCAGCCAGGAGGAGGAGCCAGAGCAGCCCAUCCUUGACAGGCCAAGCAGGAUCUCCCAACCCGGAGACAGCAGGCAGCCUAACAGUGUGAUCAGACAGCCUCUGGGUCCUGACGGGCCGCAAGGCUUCACACAGCGCAGAUAA